AUGGCGGAAAUUGAUCUCAGUGGCCUUUUUAAGGAUAUUACCCCGAAUCAAGCAAAAGCCCUCCGAAUCUUGGAUGAAGGGCUACACUCUAGCCACGAUAAAGCAGCGGCCGCGGCCAAGCUGACCGAUGACCUGCGACUAUACUUCGAAUCGGCAAAUCCAGAAUGCACUGAUGACUCAGAUUAUUUUGAUAGUCCUUGGACUAUGCUCCUGGCUGUGGUGCAUGAAUUGCCUAGUUUCGAGCACCCAUGGCUUGACGUUUUUGCUGCCGUUAUUCAUGGGCUGAGGCGUCAGGGCGGACCAGUGACUAUGUUUCAGAAUGUCUGGAUUGCGGCUGAGUGGCUGAUAAGAUGUGGAACCCUUCUUUACAGAGAGCUGUGUACUGGGGCAGACUUAACAGCAGAAGAGCAGGCAAAGUCUAACUUCAAACCUGGUCCACUAGCUGAGGGUGUUCUCCCAAUAAGUCUUGAGCGAUGGAAUUUUUGGCGGUCCAGACUCCUUGAACUCUCCCGCGCUAAGCCUUCGGUUGGGAACGACGAGGAUUUCACGCUUGUGGAUUCUGUGCUUAGUGACAUAACGCUGGCCCAUAUUAAGAAGGCGAUUAGUGCCAUAGACUCGGUAAAUCGAUGGGGAAUAACUCGGUGGGUGCUGACUUGGUUUGGGAGUGCGGCUUGA